AUGCCGUUGGGCAACGCGAUGGUCAGUCUGUCGGAAGCCUCCAAGCAGCUAUUCAGGAUGGCUCGAGUCUUUCGCUCCUCGCAAGAGCCUGAAGAACAAUCCUUCCUAAGCCAGCCAGCAUACGAUGAUAUUGAAUUGCAGUGGACUAUCGGGGGCAUCCCUCAGGGCAAUGUUGUCUGCGGCCAAGGUGGGCUCCAACAAAAAACCUUUACACCACAACAAGAUAGGAACGCAAUUUCUCUUGCUCUGGAUCGCAUGCAGCAGCAUGGAUAUAACUAUCCCAAGAGGUUUUACGAUUCCUACGAUCCGCGUUGGUUUCCGGCUUGCGAUCCCAAUUGGCAAUAUGAGAUUUUUAUUGGAGCCGGUGCAGCGGAUGAUGAUCCAAGGGCAUACAGGAUCAUUUUCGAGUACCUGGCGACAGGUCUGAGUGCCAGGUAUUGUGGAAUUGUUUAUCAUCAAAAUCACCUUGUUGGUAGCCCUUUCGCACGAUGUGUGUAA